AAAAAACAAAAAAGGAGAAGAAUCCAAGUGCCUUCAGGGCAAGGCAACCACUUGUACGUCCACCGUUUCUGGGCAUCCGACAGCAUACGAGGGGAGCUCGCGGUGGACCGGUGCUGCGGACGGCGAUCCACGCCUGUCGGCACUUACACAGGGAUCCACGGCUUACUCUUCACCUCCUCCUCUUCAACUUCCUCUUCCUCUUCCUCCUCGUAAAUUGCUUUUAGCCAUUCAAUCGCUCGUUUUUUUUUCUUCCCAUUUCGCCAAGUGAACUACUCCGGCUCAAUCGUCGACGUGAUUUUCAACUGCUUUUUCAGGUAAAAAUACCAAAGGUUGUUGCUCAAUAAAGAAAAUGGGAAUAUCGAAGGUUAUGGGAUGUGUGUCAACAAUUCUCCUCUCUACAUCUGUCUUCCUCAAGAAAUCCGGCAGAACUUACACAGCAGUGCCACUUCUACUAAGUGCUUUGGUUGGGUACACAGUCUCGAUUGCAUCUCAUCCGGCUGUAAAUUUGCCUUUAAUCCUUGGAAAGAGCUCCCAUGGGAGUUUCCCUCUUUGGUCAAAGUUUCUUUUUGCCCCAUAUCUAUUGACAGUUCGAGUAUAUACUGUUUUCAAAAGGAUGAAGAGGAGGGAGUCAUUGUAUGAUGAAAUUGUUGAGGGACUCUAUCUUGGAGGGUGGCCUACUUCAUUGAGUCGUUUGCCUCCGGGUGACCCCGUGGUUAUCGAUUGCACAUGUGAAUUACCGAGGACCUAUUUUGUUCCUGCAGAAUCUUAUCUUUGCAUCCCUUUGUGGGAUUCAAGGUCUCCUGAUCCAACGCAAAUUGAAUGUGCUGUCCAUUGGGGAUGCCAAAAGAGAUCUGAAAAGAAACCAGUCUACAUCCAUUGUGCAAAUGGCCACGGCAGAAGUGUUUGUGUUAUGUGCGCACUCCUCGUUGAGUUAGGAGUGGCUGAAAGUUGGAAAGAUGCGGAAAAGAUGAUACGCGUGAAGCGUCCUUUGAUUAGAAUGAAUGCUCAUCACAGGAGAAGGUUAGAAGAAUGGUCAAAACGCCGCAUUGUAUCACCAACUAAAUAACUGGGAGGUAGUAUUAGGCCAAAUAUAGUUUCAUUGAGAGUGAGUGAAGGUACCUUAUUUUCCCCCUAAAGUUCUUUAAUCUUGUUUACAUGAUGUUUGAUUUAUUUGUCUAAAUGAUGGACUCUGCUGUACCAUUUCUUUAUGUUUGAGUUCAAUUUCAUCCCAAGUAGUUGACCAAA